GCCUUAGUUUAGUUCCAGCCAGUUAUAGUUUUAUUUCCUUUAUAUAUGCUGCCAGCCAAGUCCCUUCACGUAAGGCAGGCAACGCAUUGGAGCUGAGUACCGAACUGGACUAUUGGCUUGGCGCUAUGUGGUGCCUUUUGGCCGGUCUUUGGAGUUAUUGGCUUGCAGAUGGACUUAUGCGCCGAUGGCUCUUUUAUUACGAAGUCACCAGCGCAAUAAUCCGCCUCAUUUCUUUACAAGCAAUUAAUUGGGUUGUCACAGCUUUUGUAAUUUCACAUUACGGGCAUGAUGAACCAGUUUGGACUUGGGUGAUAUGUAGCAUUGUUUUGGCUAUUUGUAAUGUUAUCCAAUGGCUAUUUACUUCAACUACAAAGCACUUUAAGCCUGGUGACCCUGAAGCAUCAAAAAUGACAUUGAGAGAUAUUUUGCGAUGUAUUAUACUCCCUUUAGCGAUUGCCUCAUUUAUUACUAUGAUGUGCCUUCUCGAUCAACAAUCAAAGUUCAAGUUCCGACAUAGAUCCAAUAUGAGUCCUGCCAAUUACAAAUUAAACACUAACUUAUCACUUAGUGAAAUUAAUGUUGAUGCUGAAAUUAAAGUAAUAAUGAUAGUAUUGUCAUCCUGGACCGAGAGUAGUUAUUUAAAACGUCAACAAUUUCGUGAUACUUCAAUAAAAUUGAUCCCUCAGAACUUUAAUAAAGUUUCUAUUGCCUACCGUUUCAUUAUCGGAACCCAACCUUCAGCAAAAGCACAGCAAAUUAUGGGAAGCAAAAUUUUAGCUGAAUCGGAAAAAUGUGGUGAUAUUGUCAUUGUGCCAUCAUCAGAUCUUUAUAACGACCUUAGUCACAAAGUUUAUAAGAGUUUCGAAUGGGCGAAUAAACUCGAUUUUGAUUACCUGAUCAAAACAGAUGAUGAUAUAUUUGUACGUAUGGAUACUGUCAUACGAGAAUUGGGUGAAUUGGGUCCCGGUGAAAGGUAUUAUUGGAAAGGGCUAGGAUAUUGGAAUAUUCCUCCAAUUCAAAACACUGCAAAUAAAAAUUCUGAAUUUGAGUACCCAUUGCCUAUGUUUCCACCUUUCACAGCCGGUGCGCUCUAUAUUUUAUCUCGAGAUAUUAUUUCACUAAUUGUUACAGAUUCACCACGCAUUUUCACUAAAAAUGAAGAUCAAAAUUUGGGCAUAUGGCUCUUUCCUUAUAAUAUUAAACCGAUUCAUGAUAAACGCAUUCAACAAGCAGAUGUGUGUGAAGAUGAUAUGAUUGCAAAACAUUUUAGUGAUAGUUAUGACCCUGAUCUAAGUAUGAUUGAUAUGUACGAAAAUGUCAUCAAUAAUAGGCGAUUAUGUGAAGGAUUUAGGCAACGUUUUUGUGCUUUGUGUUAUCCGUGCGCCGGAAGAGAUAACCAUUGGAAAGAUUGGAAUUUUGAUUGUGACUAUGUAAAAGGUAUCACAUUGCUUAACCAAGCAAAUUUUUUAAUAAUAAAUCAAAAUGAUUCUUCAUUAGUAUUUGAUGAGCCAGUAAAUGCAAUAAUGGGAAGUAAUGAGGAUGAGUGGAUAAUACCCGGUAUUCUUUCUCAACACUCAUCGGUUUAUUCGCAGACAGAUCAAUGGCAUUUGCUACAUUGGAUGAUCUGGACAACGGAUCAAUCAACUUUUCAAGAACGGCAUUACAAAACAAUUGAACUUGUUUGGGUCCACAAUCCAAAGGCAAUUAUUUUUGUUGUAACAAACACACUUCCAAACCAAUUUUUUGAUGAAUAUAAAAAACAAGGUUAUCAAAUUCAUGUAAUUAACUUCGGUCAAGAAUUAAUACUAAAAAGACAAUGGUUCCUUGGUGUAAACUCCAAAAACUGGAUUUUAGAUUGGAAAAAAUGGGAAGAGGCACAAUAUUUCCCUUAUUAUCUCGCUGAUUAUAUGAGGAGUGUACUCUUAUAUAAAUAUGGUGGAAUGUAUAUGGAUAUGGACGCUCUUUGGAUUCGUGUUCCACCAGAUAAUAAUAUGGAAUUUAUUGGUUCAGACUUCUCCAGUGUAUCUGCAGAUCUCGAAUGGACAUUGGACACAAAUGGCACAUAUCUGCCGAAUGGUGUUAUGCGUUUUCGCAAAGGAUGGGCAAUGUUCAGAGAAUUUAUUGAAAAUACACUUUCAGAAACUUUUCCAACUUCAUGUUUCAAUUGCUUAGGUCCUCGUGGGAUCACAAAAUAUGUGAAAAAAUAUCGAAAACUGCUAGAAGAAAAUGGACUUAAAAUACUUCCUAAUCAAAUUCUUUAUCCUCGCGAUUAUAUUCAAAUCGUUGACUUACUAAAAUCUGAUCCAACUGCGAGUCGAGAGUUGCAAAAAAUUGAGAAAGAGUCAUGGAGUAUUCACUUGUAUGGCAAGUCAACGAAUUCUAAAUUGAUUGAGGAAGGUAGCGUUGUUGACUUGCUCAUAAAAAAAUUUUCAUUGGAUAUACCACAUCCACCGGCACCAUUAGUAAAAGAUGGAAAACCAGAUAAUAAUA